GAUUUCUUCUUCUUCGCUGCUGCGCUCUCCCACCGCGCGACCUUUUUCUUUCUCUGUCCAGCACGGGCUCGCGUGUCUCCCUCUGUCCUGUCCUGGUUCAGGUCGUCGAGGUGGAGGAAUGUAGCACCGGAUCGACCGGAUUCACCGCGCCGAGCCGAGCAGCAUGUAGCACCUGGAGCAGCGCGCACACCGCGUCCCUCCUGCGCUCCUCCUGCUCCUCCUCUCUCCCUCCGUUUCUCCUCUCGGGGACACAUCGCCUGCACGAGGACUCUUUGUGGAUUUGAUCGUGGGGGGUGGGUGGGGGGAUUUGUUUCUUUUAGAGGAGGUUUUGUGAGUGUUCAGCCCCGCCGCUCUGCACCUCUCGGUCGAUGGUCGUUGAGGAAGCUUCCAUCUUGAGUCCCGUGAACACCGAGAGCACCAUGGCGAGCGACUCCCCAGCACGGAGUCUGGACGAGAUAGACCUGUCUGCACUACGGGACCCGGCUGGUAUAUUUGAGCUGGUUGAACUGGUUGGAAAUGGCACCUAUGGGCAGGUCUACAAGGGUCGCCAUGUCAAAACCGGCCAGCUUGCUGCUAUCAAGGUCAUGGACGUCACUGGAGAUGAGGAGGAGGAGAUUAAAGCAGAAAUCAACAUGUUGAAAAAGUACAGCCACCACAGGAACAUCGCUACUUACUAUGGAGCGUUCAUCAAGAAGAACCCUCCAGGAAUGGAUGACCAGCUCUGGCUGGUGAUGGAGUUCUGUGGAGCCGGCUCUGUGACCGAUCUGAUCAAAAACACCAAAGGCAAUUCUCUGAAGGAGGAGUGGAUCGCCUACGUCUGCAGAGAGAUCCUCAGGGGUCUGACCCAUCUCCACCAGCACAAAGUCAUCCACAGAGAUAUCAAAGGCCAGAACGUGCUGCUGACGGAGAAUGCCGAGGUUAAACUGGUGGACUUUGGUGUGAGCGCUCAGCUGGACCGUACAGUCGGACGCAGGAACACGUUUAUUGGGACGCCGUACUGGAUGGCCCCGGAGGUCAUUGCCUGUGAUGAGAACCCUGACGCCACAUAUGAUUUCAAGAGUGAUCUGUGGUCGCUCGGUAUCACAGCCAUCGAGAUGGCAGAGGGAGCGCCACCUCUCUGCGACAUGCAUCCAAUGAGAGCGCUCUUCCUCAUCCCCAGAAACCCCGCCCCCAGACUCAAGUCAAAGAAGUGGUCGAAGAAGUUCCAGUCGUUCAUCGAGAGCUGCCUGGUGAAGAGUCACAGUCAGAGGCCGAGCACCGAGCAGCUCCUCAAACACCCGUUCAUCAGAGACCUUCCCAACGAGCGGCAGGUCCGCAUCCAGCUGAAGGACCACAUCGACCGCACCAAGAAGAGGAGGGGAGAGAGGGAUGAGACAGAGUAUGAGUACAGCGGCAGUGAGGAGGAGGAUGAAGAGAGGGACAUCGGAGAGCCAAGUUCCAUCAUCAACAUCCCCGGUGAGUCCACUCUGAGGCGGGACUUCCUUCGUCUCCAGCUGGCCAAUAAGGAGCGGUCGGAGCUGAUCCGGCGUCAGCAGCUGGAGCAGCAGCAGAACGAGGAGCACAAGCGCCAGCUUCUGGCCGAGAGGCAGAAACGCAUCGAGGAGCAGAAAGAGCAGAGGCGGAGACUGGAAGAGCAACAACGCCGAGAGCGAGAGAUGAGGAAGCAGCAGGAGCGCGAGCAGAGAAGGAGGUACGAAGAGAUGGAGCAGCUCCGCCGGGAAGAGGAGAGGAGGCACGCUGAAAGAGAACAGGAGUAUAUCCGUAGACAGCUGGAGGAGGAGCAGAGGCAGCUGGAGAUCCUGCAGCAGCAGCUCCUGCAGGAGCAAGCCUUACUGCUGGAGUACAAGAGGAAGCAGAUCGAGGAGCAGCGCCAGGCCGAGCGGCUGCAGAGGCAGCUGCAGCAGGAGCGAGCCUACCUGGUGUCUCUGCAGCAGCAGCAGCAACAAGAUCCACAACGACCGCCGCAGGACAAGAAGCAGCUGUACCACUACAAAGACCAGGCGCCAGGCACCAACGACAAACCGGCGUGGGCCAAAGAGGUGAUGCGUCGAGCUCAGAGCAACUCUCCUCGCAUCCCUCCAAAGAAAUAUCACUCCUUCAGGGAGCGGCGAGAUAUCAACCUCGACAACCUCCUCUUACUCCCUGGUUACAAACCUCGCCGCCCCCGCCCCCCAUCUUACCCCGCCCACGUCAGCCCCGUCAGAGACCACCACCAUGUGCCUCGAAUCCGAGUCACCUGUGUCCCUGAACCCGCCUCCCACUCCUCUCAGCCUGUGAUGCGCCGCAGGAGUCCCCGCAGGAGCCCCAACUCCAGGGGUCGUAGCCCAGGGCGCCGGGUGGAGGAGCAUUAUAAGAUGAACAGACAGACUUCUCCUGCAUUUCAGCAUAAAGUCUCAAACCGGAUCUCGGACCCGUCUCUGCCACCGCGGUCCGAGUCCUUCAGCAGUGGAGGCAUCCAGCAGGCCAGGACCCCACCCAUGCACCGCUCUAUGGAGCCACAGAUGGCCCACCUGGUGCAGGUGAAGAGUCACGGUCUGUCAGGCUCCCAGUCUCUGUACGACCCUCACGGCGUCUCCUCGUCUUCGGCGUCGCCCUCCCCCUCCCGGCCACCCAUGCCCCGGCAGAACUCUGACCCCACUUCCGACACCCCUCCUCCCCCGCCCCUGUCCCGCCUGGCGCCCCCCCUCGACAAGUUGGACCGCAGUUCGUGGCUGCGGCAGGACGACGACAUGCCCCCCAAGGUUCCUCAGAGGACGACCUCCAUCUCUCCUGCUCAGGUCAGGAAGCACUCGCCUGGAAACGGACCUGGUCUUGGACCACGGGCUGGAGCUCACCUUAUACGGGCCAGCAACCCCGACCUGCGGAGGCCUGACGUUUCCAUGGAGACGCCCCUGAAGAGGACGAGCAGCGGCAGCUCUUCCAGCUCCAGCACCCCAAGCUCCCAGGGAGGCUCCAACGAACGAGGAAAUUCAGCCAUGAAGACUGAAGGCUCGACAGUUUCUUCCCACGAGACCAAAGAUGACGGCAGAGAGAUGACACGACCCAGCAGGCCUGCAGAUCUGACGGCUCUGGCUAAAGAGCUGAGGGAGCUACGGCAGGGCGAGGAAACCAGCCGUCCGCCUGUUAAAGUGACCGACUACUCGUCGUCCAGUGAGGAAUCUCACAGCAGCGAGGAUGAGGAGGGAGAAGGCGGGGCUAACGAUGGAACAGUGGCUGUCAGUGAUAUACCACGCAUUAUGCCAGCAGCGAGUCAGGGCACCAACGAGACCUUUGGCGGGACAGGAAGUCAAAAUGACUCCCAUGAUGAGUCGUACGGAAACAGCUCCCAGGACAGCACCCUUAUGAUGCGUGAGUAUGGGAUGGGAGGCAGUGGUGGCUCCAAGGCGUCCUUCACACCAUUUGUUGAUCCGAGAGUGUACGGGACGUCCCCAACUGAUGAGGAUGAAAACUCUGCCUCAGCUUUUGCUGAUGAGCUGAUGAAGCAGGAGCAGGAACAGGCGAGGUUCAACGAGGCGAGGAAGAUCUCUGUGGUCAACGUGAACCCGACCAACAUCAGACCGCACAGCGACACGCCCGAGAUCCGCAAAUACAAGAAACGCUUCAACUCAGAGAUCCUCUGUGCUGCGCUGUGGGGAGUUAACCUGCUGGUGGGGACAGAGAACGGUCUGAUGUUGUUGGAUCGAAGCGGACAAGGCAAAGUUUACAACCUGAUCAACCGACGGCGCUUCCAGCAGAUGGACGUCUUGGAAGGACUCAACGUCCUGGUCACCAUCUCAGGGAAGAAGAACAAGCUGCGUGUUUACUAUCUGUCCUGGCUGAGGAACAGGAUAUUACACAACGACCCCGAGGUGGAGAAGAAACAGGGCUGGAUCACCGUUGGGGAACUGGAGGGCUGCGUGCAUUAUAAAGUCGUGAAGUACGAGAGGAUUAAAUUUUUAGUGAUUGCUCUGAAGAACUCUGUGGAGAUCUACGCCUGGGCGCCUAAACCUUACCACAAGUUUAUGGCCUUCAAGUCGUUCACUGACCUACAGCAUCGCCCCCAGCUGGUAGAUCUGACCGUAGAGGAGGGGCAGAGGCUAAAGGUCAUCUACGGCUCCAGUGUUGGCUUCCACGUCAUCGACGUUGACUCCGGCAACCCUUACGACAUCUACAUCCCCUCACAUAUUCAGGGUCAGGUGACCCCACACGCCAUCGUGGUUCUGCCGAAGACGGACGGCAUGGAGAUGCUGCUGUGCUACGAGGACGAAGGCGUCUACGUCAACACCUAUGGACGCAUCACCAAAGACGUGGUGCUGCAGUGGGGCGAGAUGCCCACCUCCGUCGCCUACAUCCACUCCAACCAGAUCAUGGGCUGGGGAGAGAAGGCCAUUGAGAUCCGCUCAGUGGAGACGGGACACCUCGACGGAGUUUUCAUGCACAAGCGAGCUCAGCGACUGAAGUUUCUGUCAGAGAGGAAUGACAAAGUUUUCUUUGCCUCUGUUCGCUCUGGAGGCAGCAGUCAAGUCUUCUUCAUGACCCUCAACAGAAGCUCCAUGAUGAACUGGUAACCUGCCUACCGUCGUCUUCUUCUUCUUCGCUCUGAGCAUCAGCCGACAUCAGGAGGGAGGGACGGCGGAGGAUGAUGGGAGGAUUUAUGUGUGUUUACGAUGUGUGUGUGUUCCUGGAGGAAAAGCUGCUGAAUUAGACACCUAGAGGGAGAUUUAGACCUUCAUACAGAUACCCUCCACCUACAGGAGGCGCUGCAUCCCUCACUGAUGAUUACACUGCCUGCUGGACAAAGGGGAUACCAUGCUCUGACAGUGGACGAUGCCUUCACCUUCCAUGUGGAUUUUUGAUGGUUGUCUUUGAGUGUUUGGAUCCAGACUUUAGCGGACACUGACAUCACGCCGAGUAGCCUUUGACUUCCCCAUUUGGUCGAAUGGGAAGCUGUAGAAAAGUUCUCUGUGUAGCACAUUAAUGAUUUCUUACAGGGUGUUCACACUGCGAGUACAAUUUGGCCUUCUACUCUGCUUGUCAGCGGGAAUACCGGGGUUAGGACUGCAUUUGUUGCAGCACAUCAGGCUUCUUAGUGGGUCAGCAUUAUUGGCUGUAGCAUCAGAAGCAGAAGAAAUAGAUGAAAACUUUGGCUUUCAUCAACACAAAAAAUAUACCUAACACCUUUUGAGAUAUUGAAAUCCCUUUACAGGCGAUCAGCAAGGUAUUUCUCUUAAAAUUCAGCAAAUUUAGUUUUCUCCUUUCCCAAAAAGCCUUUUUAAAGUGGAUGAGUCCUUGAACUCAAACCAAAAAAAUUACUGCAAGCAGUCAAAUUAAAGGGGACCUGUUUGAGAAAUCUUAAGCUCCAUUAUUUUAAUGCACGGACUCCAGGGGGGUCAUUUUGCAUCAUGCACAAUCUUAUCACAUCACAUUCUUUCUUCGGCCGCAGUUAUUGUUUUUAUGGACUGGAGCAUGAUUUCAACUACAUUUUUUAAUAAGGGGUGCAGGCAAACUAAAGAACAUUUAACAGUUUAGCCAGGUGAUCGUGCACAUCCUUAGCUGACAGGAUGGAAACUUGUGCAGUGAUAUAAUAAUUUUGGCUAGCCUUCUAAUAUCUUAUUUACAAGGGAGAAAAUGGAAAGAACACAACAGGUCCCCUAUAACAAGCAGCUGCUGACCAGAGAUUAAACAUUUACUCUUAGACAUCCAGUAGAGUCCCUGAACCAACAUCUGAUUCAAGAUAAUAUGUUGACAAUCGUGAGAGAAACAUACUAAAAUCUGUGGUCAACAAUACAAUCAGUAAUCAGAAAUAUCAGUGUUAAACUUUAAAGACCAAACAUUUAAGUAACCUAUAUCUACAGAGAACUGUUUGCAUAAAAAAACAAACAGGCAAGCUACAAAAAAAGCCAGUUUUCAAAACUUGCAUUGUCUGUGAGCUUCAAAAUCUCCUCCUGCUUGUGCCUGCAGCACAGAAAUCUACUUCACUGAGCUUUUCCAAAACUAUUUAUGCCAAAUAGGCGCUAAAAAAACAGGACCAGGUUAAAAAUACUGUGACUCCCCUUUAUCUUAAAGAACAGAUUAUUUUUUCACAGUUGUUACUUCCACCCUUUUAAAUUGGUCUGACAGGGCUAGCUACACACUAGACGAUUUUAGGACUGAUUUCCCGGCCAUCCUCUUCUAACCAUUGGAGCAGCACGGCCUGAUUCAGACCUUGUUGCAACUAAAUAUUUGUCCAAAUUAUUCUCAAGUGUGGUGUGUCGGUUUGAUUGUUUUACUGCUCCAAAUCAAGUCUUAGAUCGCUUUCACUCCAGAGCUGUUUGGUCCACUUUAAAGAAACCCUAGUCUGUCUCCCAGUUCAUUUGGAGUAGUGUGAAAGCUCAUACAAACUCUGGUGCAGACCAAACUAGUGAACUCAACUCAAAAAACAGGGGUCUCAGUCAGCUUUGUGGGUCGGACCAACUUGUCAACCAAAGGCAGGAAGUGGCAUACGCAUAAUGAUUUAUUGAUACUUUCAAAUUUAUGUCAACAUCUUGCUUGGCGUCUGUAUGGCCAUAGUAACAUGUUGUAACUCUUAUUUUGGCUCGUCUUCUUGUGAAACACAGAUAUUAUAUGAACACAUAAGCAAGAGCAGAAGUCCCAGGACAGCAUUGUCCAGACAGUUUGGUUCCUUUGACCAAGCACAAUAUGAAAGUGAGCCAAACCACAUGAAAGUACAAUAACGUUGCAAUUUCAGCCCCUGAUCAAAUCCAGUCCUCUGACUCUCAGGUGUGAAAACGACCUUAAACUAACCAAUUUUGAAUCAUAAAUAUCAGGAUCUUCGAUGGUUAUGAUUCUAGAGAAAUAAACUUGCAAGCCAAUGGGUUUGGCUUUGUAGGCAGAUCCAUCUUGCAAAACUGACUAGACUAAUCAGCAUCGUUUAAAGAGAAGGAGGCGGCAGCUCUGACAUGGUUUAGCUGAAUCGACCGCAAGUCUGUAAACAAUGGCGGCCUGUGAAGAGAUUAGUGUGGAUGCAGCUAUAAGCAAAACUAUUAAGAGAUAUGGAAACAAAUCUGCAAAUGCAUAGAUAGAUUUGAAAACGUGUGCACAAAUCCACAAACAGAUCUACAAAUGCGUGCAAAGAUGUGCAAAUCUGUGAAAAGAUUUGCAAAUUUGUAAAAAGAUCCACACAUGGGUGCACUAAUCUGCAAAUGUCUAAACUUAUUUGCCUUAAUUUGUCAAAAUGCUCACAAGCCGUCAGUUACAACGAAAGACUGCCUCUCAAUUGGCUGUCAAUACACACAUGAAUUUUGCAACACUUCUGCUGCUCAUGAACUGAAGUAAGUUUUCUGAACCAAAAUAAACUAAGUCCACAUUUACAAAUUGGUCUAAUCAUUUGCAGAUUUGUGCAAACAUUUGUGGAUCUGUGUACAAAUUUGCAAAUCUUUUUUUUUCUUUACAGAUUUGCACAUCUUUGCAUGCAUUUGUGUAUCUUUGCACACAUUUGUAAAUCUUUGCACACAUUUGCAGAUCUGUACAGGCAUCAUUGGAUUUGUGCACCCAUUUGAAAAUCUUCACAUUUGCAGAUUUGUUAACAGAUCUGUGUAUUCAUUUGCAAAUAGUUUUGCAACAAUAAUCGUUCCAUAUCAUAGCUAAUUGAGAGGCAGACUUUAGUUGUAACCGAUGGCUUGUAAGUAUUUUGACAACUUAAAGCAAAAAAGAGUGAGUUUAUUGAACCAAAAUAAACUAAGUGCACAAUUACAAAUUGUUCUACACAUUUGCAGAUUUGUGUUGUACACAUUUGCAAAUAGUUUGGCAACAAUAAUAACUCCAUAAAGUGUCAAGUACAGUUGAAACUGAAAAAUAAGAUCAGCUUUUAGAAUAAUGGCAUCAAAACCAGAGCCUUUCUAAUGUCUCAUGCAAGAUGUACCACAACAGAGCUGAGAGACAGCUUGAGUGUCCUCUAUUUUUGAAUCACCACUGGGUAAUCAUUACUACAAACAGCAUGUGUGUGGUCUGUCGGUCUGGCUGAAUCAUUUCAUGUGUGCUCUUGAGGGUUAUGAUGUUAAAAAUCAGUUGAAACUGUCCUUAUGUUGUUAACAUCAGUUAGGAUUUGAAAACCGUCCCGUGUGUAGCUAGCCAGAGCCUUUGGCCAAAUGUUGGAUUCUGUUCUCACAUAUAAGACUCCUCAUCAUUUAAACCCCUUCUGAUAGCGGUGAUUGCUUUAUUAAAACUCAAUGGAAGUUUCUGGGGCUAUCAACUUGUAGCAAAAAUUAUAGAUGUCUUCUUUUGCGCUGUCAGACUUUUCCUCAUGUUAUAAAUAGAGGGCUACACCAGAGUCCAUCCACUGUGUCCAACCGUUGCACACGUCAAGGGUCGAUUGUUCCUUUAUCUGUCUGAGACGAGGCAACCCUCUGUGAGUCCAUGACGGUGUUGCUCACAGUGUGAACACUCAUUUCCAGUGCUGCUUCUGCUCAAACACCUUUCUGUGUCUGUUUCCUAUUAGAAGAGAAAAAUAAAAACAAGCAGCUAGCAUCGCAGGGGAGACGAGAUGUUGGACCAGAGGACGCUGCUCAGCUACGGCGGCUACACUGUCCUGGUAUUUUGCUAAUAGGGGAAGGAAGCUUGUAGAUAUUGUAUUAUUGCUGCAGCAGCAACACAAAAACAAAUCUUCACAUCAUUUCUCACAAAAAAAGAACUUGGCAUAGAGUAGUUGGGAGUUUCUACUUUUGCUGCCCUUCGUUCUCUCCACCUUUUUCUGUCUCUGCUGUUCUGUGUACACCGCACUGUGUAAAUACUCACCUUGAUGUUAAGGGCAGACUUUAUGACGACGGUGUGAGGACUGAAGAAAAAAAUAAGGAACGGUCUUGCUUUAUUUGUCACACCUCUGUGAAAUCUGUCCGUUCUGUACUUUCUCUUAUUUUUUCUGUUUUUUAGACCGAAGCAAAAGUGCGGUCAAACACUCCGAGUUUCUUCUCUGUAACCCAUCACUGUUUCUUUAUUUGUGCAUUCUGCAUGAUUACACCCAUGUUUCACCACUUGUUAUGAAUUGUAAGUUUAUGGCAAUACACGGACUGAUUCAACUUUAAAGCAGACAAUGAGACAAACUUUCUACAGGCACCCAAAAAAGCUUUUACUCACAUGCUAAGCUGUUAAUUGAUCUUUAGCUAUUAUUAGCCUAGCAUCUCAGCUUUUUUUCCUAAGAUUGGUUUUAACAGGGGGAGCUGCAUUUGUCAGAUUUUUUCAUUCUGAUUUUAUACUGAAAUUUCCCCACUUGCUUCCCCUCCCAGUUCCCUCCGCUGACCAUAAAACAAACUGCAGGAAACUUCCUGCAUGGAGGGACAACAGUGCACAAGAAAAGUCAAGACUUUAGGGUUGUGAAAAGGGCCAAUAUGAUGUUUUUCAAGCCUUUUUGUUUUAACAUUGAUGAUUAUGGCUUAAAGCUCAUCAAGGUUGAAAAUCAAGCAGCCUCUUUUACCAACUAUGUUUAAGUUCUGUCUUAAGAUUUGGCAAAAAGUCUAUACUAAACUAAAGUUUAAAUGCAUUUCAAGUUGCAUCAUGGAAACGUAAGGCUGAUCUUAUCUAGUAGAGCUCAGUGUCCAAACUCACCAAAAUACUGUUGCAAUUACGAUGUUUUCACCUAAUUUGACCAUUGAGUAAAAUACAUUUUAAUGCACUGUGUGUCACAGCGCUGCCUCAGAUGCCUAAACAGGCCAACAGCUGAACAUACCUUAUUAUAACUGUCAACAAUCCUCAUUGUAAGCAGGCAUUAACUAAAGCCUGCAUCCUUCAUAGUUAUUAUUUAAGCAUUAAUAAACUACAAUGUAAAACUGAACAAGUUGAAACUGGUCAAAAUUUUUGUUGAAACAUUAUUUUGAAAUUUUGCCUUUUUUGAUUAAACUGCACCGUAGAAACAUAAAUUAAAAAUUAGUUUUAAUUCCAACUCAAAACAACAGGUUUAAGCAUUUUUUAUGAAGCUACAUGUCCUUCAACCACUGUGAUUUUCCCUUAUUGCUAUUGGUAAGCCAGCUUAGGUGACUGUGUAUGACAAGUGCACACUGAACCAGGAAGUUCUCUUCCAUUAUGUUCAAGUACCAUCCAUUGAAUAUUACAGUGGCUCCCCUCUCACUGAGUCAGUAACUUCACUCAUGGUGCAAAAGUGUCUAAUGCCCAAAGGCAUGCCAGGAACAAUGACAAAAAAAACACUUAGAAUGAUUGAGUACUGUUUACUUAAAACUAAAAAUGUGUUCAGUCAACCCAGAAAAAUAGAGCUGAAAUAGCUAUUUGAAUUUUUUUUUUUUUUUUUUUUUUUGUGUUAUUUUUAACCUCCAACUGUUUGGUCUUACAGUGUGGGAAAAUCUUACUGAAAUUGAGAAUCUCUUUUUCAGGACUUUCCUGGCCAAGACAGCAGCAGGAGUUUGAGACAAACAACAUGCAGUCAUACACAGCAAACAUAAUACAGGGUAGGAAGUCUUACAUCAAGGAUGUCCAAACUAUGUCCCAGGGACCAAAUGCCCUUGACCAAUCAGUGCAGUUUUUGUUUGCCUGCAGCAGAUUCUAAAAAUAAAAUAAAAUAUUAGAACAAAGAACUUGUCCUUGACUUCCUAGUUUGAGCACAAGGUGGUGCCACUUUGCUAUAAAUAUAAACAAACAUUUUGAGAAGGCAAUUGAGAUAUUUAAGAGACAUUUCGUAUAGGAUUGAUGCUAAUACGCUGUGUUGUGAUUGGCCGAAAACACAUGCAGGAAAUAGAUCUUUUGUUUAGAUCCUCAGGAGGAGAAAUUACACUCCGAAUGAAUCAUAAGAGGAAAAUUGAUGCACCUUUAAUAGUACUAGAAUAUUACAAACAACAAACCUAAAAAAGGCUCUAUAAUACAGAAAUGUCUACUGUUUGACAAUUCUGUUCAUUUACGCUCUCUGUACUUGGCCAGCGUUGGUCAAGCAUAGUAAAACAAUGGUCAGUAAAGAAAUGAGGGGGAUUCACUGUGGGCAGGUGAAAAGGAAAUCAGUCUCUCCAUUAAGAUCCUCAGCACACAGAGGCAUGUAGGGCUCAAAAAUCUCCUAGUAGAAGUGUUUUUUUUUUUUUUGUUUUAUGAGCUAUAAGCUGUAACCAUGAAGAUUAAAAUAAAACAGGCUUGCUAUCACUCUAGAACAUAUAAAAGUUUCACUCUUUUUAGUUAAAUUACAGGGAAAAUGAACGUUCCCACAAUAUUCUAAUAUUUUUGGAUGCACCUUUAGGUAACAGACAAAUUUCUACAAAGGAAAAUAAAAGAUGCCGUUAAGACAUAUUUUAUUGGUGUUACAUUCAGAGCGAGCAGGUUGCACCUCUGCUCCUCUUUCUGUUUUUGGUGGGGUUGACCUUUAGGUGAGGGUCCCAAGAUGCUUGUGUUUGUGGGAUUUUAAGCGGGCUGUGAGAGAGGGAAAGGUGUUCAUGUUCUACUUGAUUUUCUUUUAUUUCUAACUGGUCUUUAAGGAUGUGAUGGGUGUUAGCGAAGCCCCUUUAAAGGCCGGCUGAAGCCUAUAACACGUGCAGGAUGUUAGCAGUAAUGGACACCCUGAAGGUCUGUUUGAGAUACCAUAGAUUAAAGAUAUAUAUACUGUAAGAAUUUCCGUUAUCAUACUGAUCAAUUUAGAGAAAGACAAAAAAUAACGUUCACUUGUUAAAGCUUAGUUGUCUUUCUACAGAAUAGAGAACAUAGCUAUAAGAAUUUCUAAAAAAAUACAAUGUUUUUAUUGUGGUAUUAUUUGUAUUUGUAUUUCAAUUUUGUACGUAUCAAGACUGUGAACGUGUGUAUGGCUGAGUGUGUGUUUGAGUGAGCAGGUGUGUGCACAGGUGUGCAACAUGCAUGUGAGUGUAUGUGUUCACCUUGUCUGAAUCACUGGAAUCAGUCGAAAGACAACCUCAAUCUGGUAACACACAUCUGUGAUGUUUGAAAUUCUAUAAUAAAUGUCCUC